ACUAUGAGAGUAGAGAGUGUAGUAAGUGUGCCUGUGUGACUCUUCCCCCAAAUCUGCAAUUAGGGUUUUGAUAACCGUGCUUUCUCUCCACUGUUGUUCUCAUUUACAACCUCCAAUUUCUAUUUCUAACAUCAAAAUACGACAGAACAUCGCAAUUUCUCUGUAACUCACGACAUCGAAAGAUACCGACAGCGUCGUGAGGUAAUUCAAUUUUUAUUUGUUGAUCAUGUUGGCCAAGAGACUAAGCUCCUUCCUCAAAUUCUCCUCAAAGCCUCAGAUUUCCACUUCCGCGAAGAAUGUGGAUGAAGAGUCGAGCAAAUACUUAGGUAGAAAGGCAGUGUCAUUUGUUUUGAUUACUAUUACAGGUGGUGUUACUCUGAGUGCCCUUGAUGACCUUGCUAUCUAUCAUCGAUGUAGCAGCAAGGCCAUGGAGAAGGUGAGCAAGAACCAGGAAAUAAUUAAUGCUAUUGGAGAACCAAUUGUUAAAGGUCCAUGGUACAAUGCAUCUCUUGCCGUAGCUCACAAAAGGCAUUCUGUGUCAUGCUCAUUUCCUGUUUCUGGACCACAAGGCACCGGUGUCUUACAGCUGAAGGCGGUUCAUAACGGAGAUGACUCUUGGUUUUCCUAUGUUCUUCCGCGUGAUUGGGACAUAUUAAUCAUGGAAGCUCUCCUCCAUGUACCUGGGAAUGAGGAGAAGCAUCGAUCAUUCCGGAUCAGUCUUGCUGACAAGUUGCCUUCUUCUUGUACUGCUUGCCCCGAGUGUGUACCUCAUUCAUCAGAAAAUUCUGAGGCAAAAUUGAAUUCCAAUCAAUAAGCUAAAAUGGCUAUCUUUGAUUCAUCUAAGAACAAGUUUUUGACCCAUUUUAUGUUUUAAACCGUGGCAUGAUUUGAAGGCUAGGAGGACGUCAAUAUUGAUUUGGUUUUUGAUAGAAUAAAUUUAUUUCUGAAUUGUCGUUUGGUAAUUUGUUGUAAUAUUUUCAUCUUCUCAUUUGACUAUGAAAAUAAAUUUUGCCUUUUGGGAUGAUGUAAAUUUUCUUUAUCUUCCGUUGCCCUUACGACUCGUGAUAAACUGUAGAGUGGUGUGUAUUAAAUUGAACAUUGUACAAUGCUGGACAUAUUCAUAAUUUCAAGUGUGGGUGAAAGUUGAAUUUUUUUU